AUGGCCUCCGUCCUCGCCAUCGGGUUCGGCGUUGCUACUGCAGCUUUUUUGGGUCGUGCUGGUCUCGUUGCUUAUCGCCGAUCUAGAGGAAGUGUAAACAGCAUGGGAAAAGCAUUUUACAAGGGAGGAUUCGAACCGCGCAUGAAUAGACGCGAGGCGUCGCUCAUCUUGGAACUUUCUGAACGAAACUUGAACAAAGACAAAAUCCGCACAAACCAUCGCAAACUCAUGCUGCUCAACCAUCCGGACCGUGGAGGAAGCCCGUACCUUGCCUCCAAGAUCAACGAAGCGAAAGAACUCCUCGAAAGGAGUUAG